AUGGGUUUGGCUCGCGAGGUCGAGAGAGGGCAGCUGGUUUGGGCUUACGGUGUGGGUGAGGGACCCCGUGGAGAGGGUGGUGAUGAGGAGGGAGACGAUGGAGAGGGAGGCGAGGGCGAGGGAGAUGGAGACGACGGAGAGGGAGGCGACGGAGAGGGGGGGGUCGCUCAUACUGGCGAUAAGGUAGUUGCGGAGGAGUUACGGGGUGAUCGCCCGUACGUUCGACGUAACGUGAGACAGCGUGUGAUGCCUCCACCGGGGGUGGAGGAGAGACUCGUUCAGGUCGAGUCGGAUGUAGCUGCAGUCAGAGGGGAUUUAGCUGCAGUGAGAGAGGAUGUACGGUGGAUGGUCGAGGCGAUUGUGGCUAUGCAUUCUGCCGCGCCCCUACCUCCACGAGCUGGCGCAGCACCACCACCACCACCGUCAGAACUUUGUGUUACUUACAUCAACCUCUUUUCUCUAACUGCUGUCAUUUUCCGGGUUGCGGAUAAGUCAUUUGAUAUUGUUCUUGAUAAGGCAGGAUUAGACGCUGUAAUGGAGCCCGAGCUUGGCCCUACACUAGGGACUCAAUAUGUAUCAGAGGUGAAAAGAGUUCUGAAAGACGGGGUGCGGUGUCAUAUCAGAGGCAUUAAUAAAGUACUGCCCCCUUUUAACAUCUCUCGAUGCUUCCUUUUGCAGUCGCUUAAAGUCGAAAACUUACUGGAUUUCGAUUUCAUGGACCCACCACCACAAGAUAAAGUUCUGAACUCGAUGCACCAGUUAUGGGUUUUGGGUGCAUUGAGUAGUGACACAGGGAGUGUAACCGAUAUUGGUUUGAAGAUGGUGGAGUUCCCACUCGAUCCACCGUUAGCCAAAAUGCUUUUAGUGGGAGAAGAGUUAGAAUGUUUGGAUGAAGUUGUUACAAUCGUCUCGAUGCUUUCGGUCCCAUCCGUAUUUUUCCGACUUAAAGACCAAGCAGAGAAAAGCGAAAGUGAUGCCGACAGACGAAAGCAUUUGGUGCCUGGAUCGGACCAUUUAAUGUCACUAAACUUAUACCAACAGUGGGAAGAAAACAAAUGUCUCGGUGACUGGUGUAAGAAACAUCAUAUGCGCUUGAGGGGCUUGAAAAGGUCCAUAGUGUUCGAGUUCAACUGCUUGAGAUAUUAG